AUGACAAAUAAGAACCCAACAGCUGCUACCGCAUUCAGUAAUGCAAAACAUGUUGAGCCAGAAUCUGAUCUCUCCGCGAGUACAACUGUAAAUCGACGUAUGAACAUGCAAAGAACGCAAAAUGUCCUUCUUAUUUGGUUAGACAAUAAUAUUAAUGAUGAUAAUGCUGAUUGUUAUAAUACAAUCAAGCAAUUAAAACGUAUAGUUAACAACGUAAACACAUUUACAGAUACUGAACAAUGCGUUGAAUUUAUUCAAACCAUUACCGACAACAAAAUAUGUAUGAUUAUCUCCGAGUCACUUGGGAAACAUAUUGUGUCUCACAUACAUAAUAUGUCCCAAGUACACAGCAUUUUUAUUUUUUGUAACAAUCAAGAAUGUGAUAAACAAUGGGCCACAGAAUGGCCUAAAAUAAAAGGAGUCUUUACAGAUAUAACAUCAAUUUGUGAAGCUCUUAAACAAGCUAUUCACCAAUGUGAGCAAAAUGCCAUCUCCAUCAGCUUUGUGGCAUUAAACAAAAAGCUGGAUCAAUUAGAUCCAUCAUUUAUGUACACUCAGAUCUUAAAAGAAAUCCUAUUAACUAUCGACUUUGAAGCUGAACAUAUUAAAGAAUUCAUUACUUACUGUCGUGAAGCAUCUGCCGAAAAUGAGUAUAAUUUACAUACUAUAAAAAAAUUGGAAAGUGACUAUCAUAAUCAUAUACCUAUUUGGUGGUACACUUCUGAACAGUUUUUAUAUUCGAUGCUCAAUCAAGCAUUAAGAUUAAUGGAUGUUGAUUUCAUUGUUCGAAUGGGUUUCUUUAUUAAUGAUCUACAUCGUGAUAUUCAACGACUCCAUUCGAGACAAUUUGAUGGUCAACAAUCUGAUAGAACAUUUACAGUUUAUCGUGGACAAUGUCUUUCAAAAGAAGAUUUCAUCGAAAUGACAAAAACUAAAGGUGGACUUCUUUCAUUUAAUAACUUUUUAUCGACUAGUAUAAAUCCUGAUGUUUCUCUAUGUUUCGCACCACAAGCUGCUACAAAUCCUGAUGUUGUUGGAAUUUUAUUUGUUAUGUCCAUCAAUCCUACUCAUUCAACAACUCCAUUUGCGUCUGUUAGUGAUGUUAGUUACUUUCAUACAGAAGAUGAAGUUCUCUUCUCUAUGCAUACCAUUUUUCGCAUUGGAGAUAUUAAACCGAUAGAUGAAAAUAAUAAUCUCUAUCAAGUGAAUUUAGCAUUGACCAGUGACAACGACCAAGACCUUCGUACUCUUACUGAUCGUAUCAGACAGGAGACCUUUCCAGAUUCGCAAGGAUGGCACAGAUUAGGUCAAUUGCUAAUUCAAAUGGGUCAGCCUAACAAGGCUCAAGAAGUUUAUGAAGUUUUACUUCAUCAAACAACGAAUGAGAGCGACAAAGCAAAUAUUUAUCAUCAACUAGGAAUGAUCAAACAUAAUCAGGGAGAAUAUCAAGAAGCACUUACACAUUAUAAAAAAUCACUUACUAUCGAUCAAAAAACACUUCCUUCCAAUCAUGCUGAUUUCGCUAACUCGUACAUGGGUAUCGCUAACGCGUACUACAGUAUGGCCGAUUAUUCAAAAGCACUUUCUAUUUAUGAAAAAGCCCUGGCAAUUCGACAGCAAUCACUACCACUCAAUCAUCCUGAUUUGGGUAGUUCCUAUAACAACAUCGGUAUUGUAUACGACAGCAUGGGUGACUAUCCAAAAGCACUUUCUUAUUAUGAGAAAGCCUUUGCAAUUCGACAAGAAUCACUUCCUUCCAAUCAUCCUGAUUUGGGUGCUUCCUAUAGUAACAUUGGGUUCGUGUAUUAUAACAUGGGUGAUUAUCCCAAAGCACUUUCUUAUUACGAGAAGGAUGUUGCAAUUCUACAACAAUCACUUCCAUUCAGUCAUCCUGACUUCGGCGAUUCCUAUAGCAACUUCGGUUUGGUGUAUUCCAAAAUCGGUGAUUAUACAAAAUCACUUUCUUAUUAUGAAAAAUCCCUUACAAUUCGACAACAGUCACUUCCUUACAAUCAUCCUGAUUUGGCUAUGUCCUAUAACAACAUCGGUUUGAUGUUGCACAUCAUAAAUAGUUAUCCAAAAGCUCUUUCUUAUUAUGAAAAAGCCCUCGCAAUUCAACAACAAUCACUUCCUUCUAAUCAUCCUGAUUUUGGUGCUUCCUACAUAGGCAUCGGUUUGGUGUAUUAUAGCAUGGGUGAUUAUCCAAAAGCACUUCCUUAUUAUGAAAAAUCCCUCAAAAUUCGACAACAAUCACUUCCGACCAAUCAUCCAGAUUUAGCCCUUACAAUUCGACAACAAUCACUUCUUUCCAAUCAUCCUGAUGUGGGUAUGUCUUAUAACAACAUCGGUUUGGUGUAUUAUAGUAUGGGUGAUUAUUCAAAAGCACUUUCGUCUCAUGAAAAAGCCCUUACAAUUCGACAACAAUCACUUCCAUCCAAUCAUUCUGAUGUAGGUAUGUCCUAUAAUAACAUCGGUAUGGUGUAUGACAGCUUGGAAGAUUAUCCAAAAGCACUUUCUCAUUAUGAAAAAGGCCUUGCAAUUCUACAACAAUCACUUCCUUCGAAUCAUCCUGAUCUGAGUGCUUCCUAUAACAACAUCGGUGUGGUGUAUGAGAAUAUGGGCAACUACUCAAAAGCUCACUCAUUUUAUGAACGUGCUGCAGAAAAUGGGCAACAAUCAUUACCAUCAAAUCAUCCAUCUCUUCAAAAACGGAGAAAAAACCUUGAAAACAUGAAAAAGAAAUUAUAA